UGAUGACAAACUGACUAGUGCAGAGUUCUACAGCAUACGUGAGUUGGUGUCCCAGAAUUUCGAGGUCUAUGCUGGACAAAGAGAGCUCAGGAAUACCUACAGCUACUUUGAGUGUACGCACUAGUCCAUUGCACAGCGAGAUACUCUUUGAAGUCGAGGCCUGCUGUUAAUUGUGAAUUUGCUCUGGAUUCUCGGACGAGGGAGUUGGCAGGCUACAUAGACGCAUGAAAGCAGUUGGCGUUGGCAGCCGAAUGACCAGAAACAAAGAAAAAUGAAUUCUCGUCCAGCCACAAAUUUGGCCGUCGUUAAACCAAGCGUCCGUGGAAGUUGUAGCUCCGUGACGCACGUUGAGCGUCAAACCCAGCGCUCCACCAACGCAAGAACUUCAUCGUCAACAACAGCGACAUCCACAACAACAACCAAGAAUAAGUCGGAGAGCGUCAAGCUCACUUACUUUGGCGGCAACGGGUGUGACUCGAGUCAUUUUCUGCCUCGUAAAUACCCUCCGACCAAAUGGAAUGGUAGCAACUUUAGGAGUAGAAGCCACUCCGCUCGAUCAAGGAAUCCGAGCCUUUCCAGAAACAGAGUUGUUCAGUCUAGAUCUGGUGGUCAAAGAGAAGACAACCCAAGGGUACCGACCAUCUCCCGACGGUUUCAGAGCUUUCUUCGGGCUAAGCGAAAACCUGAGAUCAAGCAGAGUGAUCACCUAGUGCUUUUCGAUGUGCACGAUUCCUACUUCUUCCAAAGCCCCGACAGUCAGCCUUCGACCUCAACAUCGUUCUCCAGGAACUCGAACCCUUUGUACGCCAGUUUCUCGGACGCGCAAAAUAUAUCCAAGGGUACACUUUCAUCAGCGGAUCAUCAGACAGAUAAAACUGUCCUCGAUUCUGUGGUUGAUAGCGUCAUCUCAAGAGAUACUUGCCUCAUUAACAGUCAGACACGGGUGACUGGCUACACAUUCUCUGGUGGUCAAGCCCAUCACGAUUCGUUCCAAGCCGCUGGAUCCGGUCGGCAGUAUAUUACUGAAGUGGUAUCCCAAGAUCGGACUGACUUUGAAUCUGAUCCCGUUUACUUCAGUUUGAGUAUCUUAUCACCAUCUUCCAUCCCCGAGUGCAAUUCGUCUAGUCUAAUCAAGAUGCAGAUCAAGAAACGCCCCGUCUUUGAGGGGUUUACCAUAACAGUGUCACCGAUGUUUGUGCAAAAUAUCCAAUGUGUCAAUACCAAAGGAGAACUCUUCUCUCUCCUGGAUCCGCCGAACACGAUGAAGACUACCGUUAGAUUUAGGACCGUCCUUGAGUUAGAGAUUCUGAUGGAUCCCAAAUAUGUGGUUGACGUGUCUUAUCCGACUUUAGCGGAGGCAAAAUUGAGUAGCCAGAUCAAUGCGGACUCUCUGGUCACUCCCAGUUUGCUCAACAUGACAUCGUAUGAUGCCAAUAAAGGAGUUUCGGAGGAAUUCUUUGAGGAGGAACGACAUUUUGAAUCAAGUGUGCUGAACGAUCCAACUCACGAAAACAAAAUGUCCUUCGACGAACUUGGCCAAGUGUAUACGAACAUUUCUAGAAAGCGCAUUCUAUCCAAGGUUCAGUGUUCCAACAUCCAUUUCCACGCUCAUAAUGAUGGAAGUACAAGUGUCCAUCGACACACGACUUGUCGGAAGAAUUCCCAGGCCUUCACUGACCCAAAUAAUAAUGACAACAACAACACCAACAACACCUCGUUAGGAAGCUCUGUAAAACUUCCCGUGCAGAAAGAGAUCAUUGAGCACACAAUGGUGGUCCGACACCCUUCGGACUUGUCCAACUUCUCGCAGCAGGUGGAACGAGAGAGAUAUCAAGGGACGCUGGGUAAACUUACCCGAGGAGGUGUCCCACAACAAUUGGGCAGUACCUACGUUAGCAUGCCUCAUUCUGAGGAGGGUCAUUACAGCUCACUGAGCUAUGAGGAGAAACAGAAGAAAAUCCCUUGUGAAUGCGAGGAUGAGCUGGAUGAAAUGGAGAAUGGGGUCAAGUUUAAUCCGUUCUACGUGCGGGAAAUGCAUCAGACCACUAACAAGUCUGGAAACCGGCCAAACUUGCCUCUAAACAUAAUCAAUUCGGGUGGCCUCUGUCAGGUCUUAAUGGACUCGGUCAUGCACACAAGCCACGUGGCUGCCAUCCACGCUGAACAAUCCGAUUGCUUCCAAUGCCGCGAAUACAUGCACAAAUUUAGAACUGGUAUCUCUGACUUAGGAGAUCAAGUUCAAAAGCUGGAACAUGACGAACCUCGAACCUACUAUGACAUGCAACACUCCUUGGAUGUGGAAAGGGCCCUUACUCGACUCCAUUAUCCGGCCUUACAUCAAAAUAGCAAUCGAGAAUCCAGUCUAGCGAAACGAGACCGUAGACUCAAAAUGGUCGCAUAUUUCUCCGUGGUCUUUUUGUUCCUAAUCAUGCUUGUUAUCGUGAUUGUGGUCCUUGGACUGUAUUUUCACCAACAAGCCUUCUUGAACAUGGAAUCCUAGACACCGAAACCUAUCGCUACCAAAGAACCCCAACAAUGCUCCAACUAACUUAAAAUGUAAUUUAAAGUUCCUUUACUAUUUAUGAUAAAAUACUUAACAAGGGCAUUAAUUCAACAUGAUCGAUAUAAAAAAAAAACGAAACUGACUCUAUUUCAUUUUCCUAAAUCCAAUAGAAUGAUAUCUUUUUCUUCUCAUUUUUUAAAUCAAUAUUGA